AUGCGACUUUGUUUGCCUAUCAAUUCUCCAGUGAGGCAAACGUCUCUGUUUUUCGCCCUAUGCCUCUUCACACUGGGUGGCGUGCUCUCAGGCUCCGCGGCGACGUUGGACGAUCCUCGCUUCCGUAUUCAUGGACCUUCCUACGCCUACAUGGAUUGCUCUGCCUGCAUUGCCUUUGCGGGGUACCUGGGGCAGCGCAUGAACGCCUCCCUAGAGUACGACGGCAGGGGUGGCGCCACCUUCCUCUCCACACAUCGCCUAGACGCAAAGAACAAGCUCCAGCGUAGCGUGUACGCCACAAGCGAGUUGCGUUCCGUGGAGGUUUUGGAGAAAAUAUGCAAUGACGCAUUGGAAGAGAACUAUGUUCUGCGUUUGGACCUCGACAGACGUAUUCGCGUGUAUGAGUCUGAGAAGUCCGAUUCGCCCUUCGCCCAACACUACAGUCUGCAGGACGCUGAGGCGCUCAAGUCCGUCUCCAAGACUGCUGUUCGGAGUUUUUGCACACGUGUAAUGGAUGAGGAGGAGGAUGCCAUGAUGGCGCUCGUGCGGGAGGUGCGUGAGCUGGCGGAGCUGGAGAGGCGCCUGUGCGGCGGCAACGACGUCAACAGCAGCGCAGCGACGACUCCGCCGCCGCCCCUUGAGGAGUUAAUUACGGCCGUGUGCAUUGGGACAGAAGCGAGCCUUGCCGCAGAGCUUGGUCGCAUCCAUCGGUAUGAGCAGUGGCAGGACACCUUCGCCAAGCGGCGGGAGGAGGCGAUCGAGAAGAGUGGCGGAAGAAGCAGUGAACCCGUCGUUGCAAAGCCGGUGGAACAUAAUGCAAACGAUACCAAGCCGUGGGUGUUGUUUCCCGAAUUGGGUGCCGAUGCCGACCAGGACGGCGAUGGCGACGGCGAUGCCGGCGAGGGCGAUACGGGAGAGAGAGGCAUGGAUCUGUAG